AUGUCGAUGACCGCGACUCCGACGGCGGCUUCUAGGCGGACGCCGGUUCUUGCCGGAGAGAAGAAAUCCAACUUUGAUUACCCGCCAAGCGAAUCGCUUAACGGCGGCGUCGGUGAAGCCGGUGGUACGAGCAGGGAUCCGAUCCGCGCCGAGGCUGUCGUUGAUCGAUCUCACGUCAACGACUUGGGUACGGUGACGAGAAGGUCUGGUUCCGCCGCGACGGGGACCAACACAACCGCCACGCAGCGCCGGACGCGGAAAGCCGCGACUCCAAAGACCGAGAAAGCGCGAUGGAAGAGAGUCGUGAGGAUAUUCGCCAAGCAGCUUGCGGCUCUUCUGAUCAUUGUUGGAUUAAUUCAGGUCACAAGAAAGGUAAUUCUGAAAAUUGCGCCUCAGUCCUCUCCGAUUUCUUCUUCAUUUGAAACGGAGAUGGCGUUUUCGGGAUUGGAGAGUCGAAUCGCAGAAGUAGAUGGUCUUGUAAAGGCCACGACGAGUACGAUGCAGGUUCAAGUUGAAUUACUUGAUAAGAAGAUGGAGAGGGAAGCGAGAGCGCUGAGGCAAGAAUUCGAGAGCAAAUCUUCUGCGUUCCAGAGCGAGUUGAAGAAGAUAGAGUCUAGGACCGAGUCACUAGAGAAGUCAGUAGAAGAAGUAAAUGCUAAACCUUGGGUGUCUAAAGAUGAGUUAGAGAGGAUUUAUGAGGAACUGAAGAAAGGUAAGGUUGAUGAUUCUGCGUUUAGCGAGGUUAGCAUCGAUGAAUUGAGGGCAUAUGCUCGUGAGGUCAUGGAGAAAGAGAUUGAAAAGCAUGCGGCGGAUGGCCUUGGCCGAGUAGACUACGCAUCGGCGUCUGGUGGUGCGUUUGUGAGGCAGCAUUCAGAUCCUUAUCUUGUUGGAAAAGGGAGUAACUGGUUUGCGUCAAGCAGUCGACGUGCUCAUACCAAUGCGGUCAAGAUGUUAUCUCCGAGUUUUGGGGAGCCUGGACAGUGUUUUCCUCUGAAAGGUAGCAGUGGCUUUGUUGAAAUCAGGCUGAGAGGACCAAUCGUACCAGAGGCUUUCACAUUGGAACAUGUAGCUAAGAGCGUAGCUUACGACAGAUCAAGUGCUCCAAAAGAUUGUCGUGUAUCAGGACGGCUUCAAGGGAAAGGACAGGAAUCUUCAGCUGAGACAGAGAGUGUGGAACUUCUUCUGACAGAGUUCACGUACGACCUAGAGAGGUCGAACGCACAGACAUUCAACAUCUUAGACGCAUCACGCUCUGCUCUGGUCGAUACUGUCAGGCUAGACUUCACCUCCAACCACGGAAGCAACUCCCAUACUUGCAUAUACCGGUUCAGGGUUCAUGGGCGUGCUCCAGACCCAGUCCCUGUUGUGGAAACCCAGUCUUGA